AUGAGCCAAGCUCAAACGCAAGACGCCACACCCGGCACGAAAAAGCUGCAUCUGAUCGGCAUUGGCGUUGGCCACAGUAUUGCACCAAUCAUGCACAACUACAUUUGCCAAACUCUCAAUAAACCAUGGACGUUCGUUGCAACCGAAGCAGUAACGAUCGAAGCAGCUAUGGAUAUCAUGAAGGCGCCAGACUUUGCCGGCGCCGUCGUCACCAUGCCAUACAAGAAGACCGUGAUGUCUUUCUUACACGGACUCGACCCCUUGGCCGUCAAGCUCGGAGCAUGCAAUAAUGUAUACAUUACUGCAGAUGGUAAACUACAAGGCACGAAUACGGACUGGAGGGGCAUCAAGGGAUGUCUGCUUGCCGCUAGCGACAAAGGUAUUGGCAAACCUGCCAUGAUUGUUGGAGCAGGAGGUGCAAGUCGCGCUGCGGUUUACACACUGGCCAUCGAACUCGAAUGCCCAGUCAUCUAUGUGGUCAAUCGUGAUGACCAGGAAGUUCAGGAUCUUAUCGCUGAUACCACUGCAAUGUUAUCAACUCCCGAUUCAGCUGAGAAGUCUUGCAACAUCGUCCACAUUCGCCAUGUUGAGCAAGCACGCUCUCUUGCAUCACCAUACUAUAUCGUCGGUACCGUUCCCGAUAGCGCGCCUGUCACCGAAGCAGAAAAGAUGGCCGUCAAGAUCUUGGAUUACUGUCUCGCGUCUGUAGAGGAGCGUGGUAUUUUCCUCGAUAUGUGUUUCAAACCCAGAGUCACGAGGAAGACCAAGCUGGCUAGGAAGCAUGGAUGGCAGACUGUUGAGGGUACAGAAGUCAUCGGUCAUCAGAUUCAAGAGCAGUACAGGGUGUGGAUUAGUCCAGAGUCUGACGCUGAGGUCGUUAGCCCACAAUUGACUCAAGACGCGUGGAGCACGUUGAGAGCGGCUGCCGAGAGCAGUACAGGCAUAAAUUACGACGUGGAUGACUUGAUUGUAGCAUAA